AUGUCUCUCUUCGGCCAGGCGGCUGGCAACACGUCCGGCGGCCUUGGAGGCUCGCUGUUCGGCGGACCGACCCAGAAUCAACAGGCCGGCGCUACAGGAGGAGGGCUCUUUGGCCAGUCGACGACACAGAAUCAACAGCAGGCGGGUACCACGGGCGGAGGACUGUUUGGCGGGCUCGGUGCGAACAAGCCUGCCACGGGUGGGUUGUUCGGCCAGCAACAGCAGCAGGCCCAGCCUCAGACCGGUACGACAGGCGGAUUAUUCGGACAGUCGACGACGCAGCAGCCCGCAACGACGGGAAUGGGGCUCUUCGGCCAGCCCGCCCAGGGCACUCCGACGCCGACCACAGGCGGCUUGUUCGGCAACCAGCAGCAGCAACAGACACAGCAGAAGCCAUCUCUCUUUGGCGCCUCGAUGGCCCAACCCGCCGCGACCGGAUUUUCGACCGCAAAGCCCUCCCUAUUCGGCGCCACGAACACUACACAGCAGCAGCCUCAGAUGAACUCAGCCUUGGGAGGAAGCACUAUGGUGCCCGGAGGGAGCUUGUUCGCAAGCCAGGGCGCAGGCUUAAUGGGAGGGAGUCUGUUUGCUGGUCCGACCUCUGGUGGCCAAUCGCAGGCCCAGUCACAGCCUGCCGGCGCCUACUUCGACAGUCUUUUCGCCAAGAGCCAGAAGGCGGAGGGCAAAACCAACACAGAGGAUCUCCCCAGCCUUGAGCUGGGCCUGGGCGACUUGCGCCAUCGGCUGAGGAAGCUGCAGGCCAAGCCCAACGAGAAGCCCUUGGACGGCAAGGCCCAUUACCUUCUUGCCGCCUCUGGAGUCGACCCCGGAAAUGCUGCCAAGGAUCUCGGCAUGCUCGAUGUCCAGGGUGGACGAGUUGAGCAAGCAACCCGAGGCUACGCCCCCAACGAGGUCGACGUCGAGACCUACCUAUCAAACCUCCAAACGAAGACAACUCUCAGCAUGAUUGCUGACGGACUUGACCGAUCGGUUCGUGACUUCGACAAUUUCCUCGAGGAUAACGUCACCAUGGAGUGGGAGGCGCAGCGAAAGCGUAUCUACCAGCACUUUGGCAUCAAACCCCGCGAGGAGACGACGGCGCCUGGCCGUGAGGCCCAGAGCGGGUUUGGUCGCUCGAAGAGGAGCAAGGCUCAGGGCUCCACACCGCGAUCUGGCAAGGCCAGCGUGUUGGGCAGGUCGACGAUGCAGCGCUCCGUCAUUGGCAACCCCAGCCGAAUCGGUGCGCAUCAGUCAGACUUUUCCGACGUCGACCGAUCCUCUGAGUCCUCCGGAAUGCUUGACGGCCGUGUCUCUUCCGAUGACCGGGUUCUCCGCGAGAGGCAAGGACGGUUGUCUGAGAAGAUCCGCACUCUCAACACAGCCCGUCUGCUGAAGCGACCCUAUCCCAUCCUCUCAGAGUUGGCGGCCGUGGAGCGAAAGUCCCACGACCCCCAUGCUCCCCAUGUCGUGGAGGCGUACUUGGCGGUCAUGGAGAUUGUUGGCGAGAACCCUGAGGCCGAAACGACGCUCGGCAAUGCGACGGCCAAGGAACGUGAAUUCGCCCCCAUAUAUCUGGACGAGAACCCCAACUCGUCAAACUCGGUUGAGAUGAGAAAGCGAAUCCUCACGGGUGCAAACAAGUUCCUCGAGAAGCAGUUCCUUCGUGAAGUUGAGUCUCUCAUUGCCAAGCACCCGCACGAAGCGAAGCUGGGUGGUCUCCCCGACAUCGUCAGCAAGAUCAAGGCGUACAUCCGGUUGCGAUCUGCGCGCAAGGACUUGGUACCUGACAACACGGAGCUGCAACAGACUCCUUCCGGCGAGUACGUGUGGGCUAUUGUCUUCUACCUACUCCGCUCAGGACAUAUCAACGAGGCGGCCAAGUAUGUCAACGACAACCAGCAACCGUUCAAGAGCAUCGACCGGACGUUCCCAACCUACCUAAACAACUACGCAGCCAGCGAGGACCGACGAAUCAGCGGCAGGAAGAUGAUCGACCGUUGCACAAACGAGUAUAUCCAGCGAUCACGAAACGCUCCUGAUAACACCAUCGACCCCUUCCGCAUGGCAUGCUACAAGGUGAUUGGACGUAUCGAACUGAGCAACCGCAACCUCGAGGGACUGAACACAGACAUCAACGACUGGAUCUGGCUACAGUUCAAUCUGGCAAGAGAGGGCGAUAAAACAAUCGAGAUGGCCGGCGAGUCGUACGGUCUGGCGGAGCUGCAAUCGAGCAUCCGAGAGAUUGGCCUGAAACACUUCCCCAAGGCCAACUCGGAGGACUCUAAUGGCAGCUUCGGUAUGUUCUUUUACCUUCAGAUCCUAUCGGGUAUGUUUGAAGAUGCCAUCGCCUACCUGUAUCCCUUCUCCUACGUCGACGCCGUGCAUUUCGGUCUCGCGCUCGCCUUCUAUGGCCUGCUGCGACCUAGCGACGCCGUUUCUCCAUCCAACGACCUACGCAGCUACAGCACCAAGAACCUGCCUCAGAUCAACUUUGGCCGGAUGAUUGGCUACUACACCCGUGAUUUCAGAGCUGCGGAUGUGGUAUCGGCGGUGGACUACCUGACCCUGAUCUGCCUAAACCAGGACCUUGGUGGUGAGGCCGGUCAGCGACACGGCAGCCUCUGUCACGAGGCGCUCCGGGAGCUGGUUUUGGAGACGAGAGAGUUUAGCAAAUUGAUCGGCGACAUUCGACCAGAUGGGCGACGGAUCCGCGGCAUCAUCGAAGAGCGUGGCUCUCUUAUGGGUCUCGAUGCUGAAGAUGACUUUGUCAACACUGUGACGCUGCAAGCAGCUAGCUUUGCGGACGAGAACGGGCGAACAACGGACUCUGUGCUGCUGUACCAUCUGGCGGGUGAGUACGACACAGUUGUAGCCAUUGUCAGCCGGGCUCUGAGCGAGGCCAUCUCGCUGGAGAUUGGAGAGGACCCUAUGCGUCUGAUGCCAGUCAAGCCGCGGGCGGGCGGGCAGGAGGCUGAGGCGGGCAGCAGCCUCAGCCUGGCAGCCAUUGACGACCCCGUGGAGCUGGCCAAGACGAUGAUGUCCAUGUACGAGCGGGACGCCAUGUUCUACAGAAGGAUCCAGGACCAAAACAAGGUGGCGUGCCGAGUGCUGCUGGAGAUGAGCAGCAUCAAGAGUCUGGUAGAGGUUGGCCAAUGGGCGCAGUGCCUCGACAAAAUCCGAGGCCUCGAGAUCCUUCCCCUGGAUGCCGUGGGCGAUGCCAGCCUGAUCCGAGCCUAUGCGUCCAAGUUCUCUGGGCUGUCGCAGCCCGUGUCGAUCAACGUGCCAAACCUGCUGAUGUGGACAAUUAUCUGCUGUGUGCGACAGAAGGAGCAGCUCACCAACGGGCAGUUUAGUGGCAACGAGGGCACCCGACGAAUGAUGGUGGAGCAGCUGAAGCAGAUGACUCUGGACUUGACGACGUAUACAAGCCAGCUGCGGUACCGGUUCCCACCGCAUCUACACGAAGCUCUGGCGAGGGCUUCGGCGGAAUAA